AUGUGCAUACUCCUAGUAUCGACGGCGCACCCCGCGUACGCCCUCGUCGUCAUCGACAACCGGGACGAGUUCAUCCUACGCCCAACCUCGCGCCCGCACUGGUGGCGCGCGAACAAGCAGGAGAUCCUCUCGGCGCGGGACCUGCAGCGCGAGGAGCAAGGAACCUGGCUCGGCAUUACGAAACACGGCAACUUUGCUGCCCUGACGAAUUACCGCGAGACAGAUGCGAAUGAUAUCGAACACCCGGUGCAGGGGUCGCGGAGCAGGGGUGGAAUGGUGACGGCAUGGUUGACGAGUAAUGAGAACGAGGACGCGGGGGCGUUUGUCGAAAGGCUGCUCGAGGGCGAGGGCGUCAAGGAUGUUGGAGGCUUCUCGCUGCUGUGUGGCAAGCUGAGGAGGCGAAAGGAAGGCGGGAGGGAUGAGGUCACACCGUUGGCUAUUGUGAGCAAUCGCUGCGGAGCCGCUGAGGAGGUGCCGUGGAUUGCGGAAAAGAGAGGAGAGGUGUAUGGGUUGAGCAAUACUUCAUAUAUGGAUCCAGUCACUUGGCCCAAAGUUGAGCUUGGAAAGGAGAAGCUGUCGCAGACUGUUGAUGAGUGCGUCAGGGAAUCUUUAGGGGAAGAUGACUUGGUGCGGAAACUAUUCGACAUCUUGGACACGGACACAUUACCUCCAGCCAAUGGGCAAUCUUUCGACCAGCUCAUAUUCCAGCUGAGAAAGUCAAUAUUUAUCCCGUCAAUAGGAGAUGAGGUUCCUGCUGUUGGGAUACCAAAAUCCGACACAACAAUCCAGGCAGACACUAAGUUGAGUGAUGCAAUGGAGAGGUUGGAGGAAGAAGAGACGCCGAAUGUUGCUUCACCACCAAUAAUGAGUGGCCUUUAUGGGACGCAGCGUCAGACCAUUAUGCUCGUAGACUGGGAGGGGAAAGUAACCUUUAUUGAGAGGUCUCUAUGGGAUGAGUUCGGCAAACCUAUACCACGCGGCGAGGGAGAUAUGAAGUUUGAGUUCCAGAUUGAGGGAUGGGAUGCAUUGGAUAAUGAGUAUGUAGCCCUUAGAACAUCGCGUCUAUAA